AUGGAUGUCGGAUCAUCAGACAGCGAGGAAGAAGAAGGCCAGCAAACCCACCGGCCGUAUAACGAGUUGCUCCAGUUGCUCCAACCAACCGCCGAAUCUAAAGGACCAGCCCGAAAGAAGAGGAAGGUUGGGAAUUCAAGAGACGAGGAAUUGGUGCCGGAAGUCAAUGAUGAGGCAGAGGAGGAGGAGGAUGAGGCAGAAGACCUGGAGGCUCAAGAACCUACGGACGACGAAGAUGAGGAUGACAAGGGUGACAGCGAUGAUGAAGAUGCCACCGAUCCUUUCGACUCGCAUUUCUCUGUCCCAACUGAAGACGACCUAUCUCCGAAGAUCCAGGCCGUGGAGAAAAAUAACUGGAAUAUGGCCAAAAAGGAGGUUAAUGGUUUGCGAUUAAUUCGCAGUAUCCCGAAACAGGACGGAAGUGAGGCAACUUUACUACCGGCGAUGAAGAGCAUGGCGAAUGUCAAGCUCAAAAGAAAACUGGUAGCUCCCGCUAAGGAGUACAUCCCCAGUAUCGAAGGCCACGCCCAGCACCUUGCGCCAUACAUCUUCGACUAUCAGGACGUCUUGUACGGUUCCAGGACGAGUGAGAACCAGGAAGCCUUGCGGGAUCUUUUGGCCGUCCACGCCGCAAACCAUGUGAUCAAGACUCGAGACCGCGUGUUGAAGAACAACGCACGCAAUGCCAAGGAGCCGGACAAUGACCUCGACCUUCGAGACCAAGGAUUCACAAGACCCAAGGUGCUUUACCUCCUGCCUACGCGACAAGCUUGUGUGCGGGUGCUUGACUCCAUCACCAAAUUUUACCAACCGGAACAGCAAGAAAACAAGAAGCGGUUCAUGGACACUUUCUCCGGACCUAAAGAUCAGGGCUGGGAGAAUAAGCCCGAGGACUUUAAGGACUUGUUUGGUGGAAAUGACGAUGACAUGUUCCGCUUGGGUCUGAAGUUUACUCGGAAGACGGUCAAAUACUUUGCGAAGUUCUACAACUCGGACAUGAUCCUGGCGAGUCCGCUUGGGUUACGGACCAUUAUGGACCAAGCAGACGCCAAAAAACGAGACCACGAUUUUCUGUCAUCGAUAGAAGUGGUGAUUGUCGACCACGCGGACGCACUGCAAAUGCAAAACUGGGACCACGUCGACUACGUUCUGCAACACCUGAACCAGCAACCGAAGCAAGCACACGGAUGUGACUUCAGUCGUGUACGGUCGUGGUACUUGGACAACCAAGCGCGACACGUCCGACAAAUGGUCGUGGCCUCUUCAUACGUGACACCAGAGAUCAACUCGGUUUUCUCAUCGCACAUGCAGAACGUAGCUGGCAAGAUCAAGGCCACACCAGUCUAUAAUGGCGCGAUCACAGAAGUACCACUACCCGUGUCCCCGAAACAAGCAUUCGCGCGAUUCGACUGUCUCAGACCAGAUAAGGAUCCCGAUGCGCGAUUCAAGCACUUCACGACAACCAUCCUCUCUUCACUGGUCAAGGACAUUACGGCUGGGCGCGGCAGGAACCCCGCAGCAGGGGGUACAUUGAUUUUCAUUCCGUCAUAUCUGGACUUUGUCCGUGUACGCAACUACUUCGCGACAUCGCAGCAGACAACUAACGUCUCUUUCGGCGCGAUCUCCGAAUACACAGACGCGCGGGACAUGAUGCGCGCGCGAUCGCAUUUCAUGAACGGGCGACAUUCGGUGCUGUUGUAUAGUGAACGUUUACAUCACUUCCGACGAUUCGACAUCCGCGGCGUCAAACGCAUUGUUAUGUACGGUGUACCUGAGAACCCGAUCUUCUGGAAGGAGGUUGUCGGGUUCCUGGGGAUCGAUCCGACGGAAGUUGUCGAGAAUGCGGAGAGAGGGGUGCGGGCGAUUUUCUCGAAAUGGGAUGCGAUGAAACUGGAGCGGAUUGUCGGGACGGAGCGGGUUGGCAAUAUGUUGCGAGAGCGGGGAGGGGAUUUGUUUACUUUUGUAUAG